GUGUAUUUGAAUGGUUUAAUGUCUGACGAGGAUACAUUAGUUCGUGUAAAACAUCGUCGAGAGAAGAGCAACUCAAUUGGGCACGUUGGUAAUGGCACUGCUCGACGUCUCCGCGUUAGAAGCACCGCUUCAUCAACAACUACCGAAGGCGAUGAUGCCAGUAAUAGUGCAGGAGCAGUGGAUUCAGAGGAGGAAGACGACGAUGGAUCAUGCCCCUCACAUGAAAGCUUCGUAGACCUCAAAGACUCCGUUCGUGAAUGCCUCGAAAAGGAGCCGGGCGAGCGAAAUAGCGAGGAUUUAGCUGUUUUAUUGGAUUUUAUGCAACAUAUGUCUUCAUUCGCGUCCCUUCCAAUGUCUAUAAAGCGACAACUGUGUUUGAAGAUGGUUUUUGCUGUGGUUAACGACGCGGGAACGGUUGUAAUGCAUCACAAUGAAAAGUUGGAUGCUUGGAGCGUAUUCAAAGCAGCUUCAGUGUUGUACUUUUGGGAUUUAAAUGUUUCAUCCAAAGUAGCGAUCGAAAACCUAUAG